AUGCAGGAACUUCUUUAUUUUUCUUCUCCUUUAAUUAUUUCACUAUUUCUCUCUCUUUCUUUCGCUUUAUUUUUCUUUCUUUACCGACUUCUUUUCCCUUCCCCACCCUCUCUUUUUUUAUACCUCCACUUUCCACGCCCUUUUCUCUCUGACAUAUCUAUAUCUCAUUUUUCUUUUACUUCCUUUUCAUUCCUUUGUCACUCCCUCUUGCUUUCUUUAUCGUUUUUUGUCUUUCGCUCAUUCUCCUCACUCUACUUGCUUCACUCUCCUUACUUUUUUCACUCUUUCUCUCUUAUAUUCGUUUUUUUUUCUUUUUUCUAUAUUUGUUACCCACUCUCUCCGUCUUACUAUAUCUUUCUCUCUCACAUAUCUAAUUUUUACUACCAUCUCUCUUUCCCUUUUCCUCUCUCUUUCUACGUCUAUCUUUCCUGCUUACUCUUCUUCUCUUUCUCUUUGCUCUCAUUCUGUCUUUAUCGAGCGCGAAAUAUUUCGUUUUUAUUUUAUUCUCACUUUUUCACUCUCUUUAUCUCUCCUAAUAUCACUCUCUUUUUCACUCUCUCUAUAUUUCUCACCUACUCCCAUCUCUCUUUCUCCCCUCUUCCUGUUCUCUCUCUCCUUGCCCUUACUCUCUCUAUCUCAUUCCCUCUUUCUCUCUCUCAUAAUAUCUCAUGUUUAUUUCUCACUCUGUUUCACCCUCUAAUUUUUGCUUUCUCGCCAUAUCCCUUUCUCUUUCUUUCUCUCUCUCUCUCUCUUUCUCUCUCUCUCUCUGACUCUUGUCUCCCUCUCUCUCUUUCUUUCCAUUCAGUCAUUCUUUCUAAUUUUUGUCUCUCAUCUUUUUCUUCUGUUUCUACUCGCUCUCUCCUAUCUAUCUAUCUAUCUAUCUAUCUAUCUAUCUAUCUAUCUAUCUAUCUAUCUAUCUAUCUAUCUCAUUCCCCCUCUCUCUCUCUCUCUCUCUCUUUACAUUCAGUCAUUCUUUCUAAUUUUUGUCUCUCAUCUUUUCUUCUGUUUCUACUCACUCUCUCCUCAUAUCUAUCUAUCUAUCUAUCUAUCUAUUUUCAUUUCACUCACUUUUUCACUCUUAUCUUUCUUUCUCACCUCCUCAUACUCUCACUCUCCUUGCCCUUAUUCUAUCUUAAUCUGUCUCUCUCUGAUUCUCUAUUUCCCCCUAUCUUUCAUAAAAUCACAUGUUCAUUUCACUUUCUUUUUCACCCUCUAAAUGUUGCUUUCUCACUAAUUUCCCUUCUCUUUCUCUCUAUCUAUCUCUCUCUCCACUCAUUACUCAUUUUUGUCCUUCUCUUUUUUUCUCUCUUUAAACUCGCUCUCUCUCUCUCUCUCCCACUCUUUUUCUCUCUAUCUUUCUCCAUCUCAUUUCCAUUUCACUAUUCUCUUUCUUUCCCACCUCUUCCCAUUCUUCUUUCUUUCUCAUUUUUUUCGCGCUCUUUUUCCUCUGUUUAUACUCGCUCUCCCUCUCUUAUCUUUCUUUAUUUCUCCCUCUCACUGUCUUUGUGA